GAGUGUAGAGGACCGUCCACGUCCACAGCUUGCCCCGCCGACCUGGGCAGCACGACGUCGUGCAGACCGAUGACAACAUAGCCCGUGCCUAAUGAAGUGUUCCCGGACUCUCCAUCGACAGGAAGACAAGCAGUGGAAUUAUUCAUAGAACAGAAUCGCUUUAAAGAGGAACCUAUUAAGGUUCGUGUGGAUUAGAGCGACACAUUCGCAGGAGGAGUCUCAUCUGAGGGUGGAUCUCUCAGAGGGUACCAUCAGAUAGAGGCGGGACACUGAGAAAGUUUACACUGACACACACAACCGGACAGGAAUCAACCAAUUUGUUUUCGAAAACAAUCGCGACUCAUUUUAAAUAACCGAUCUUUUUUUCAAGACUCAAUAUAUAGUCGGAAAAGAUUGUCACUUAGGACUUCUGUCUCAGCCGAGGACGAGUACUGUUAAGGAUCAUCACAGCAAGUGUCACAGACUGUGAUACCGUUUUGUAAUCAAUGGGAGAUAUACCACACUUUUAUAUACAAAGAACUCACGUGUAUUACACGCAACAGAUCGAUAUGGAGGUGGCAGGCCAGCAGUAACUGUCGAAGCAGGAAUUACAGUCUGUCACAGUCUGGCUAUUCUGAUACUCAGACAAUCAUCGGAAUUUGACAACGAUGUCUGUGGGUAUAAUCCGCGCUUUGAAAACCUUCAAGGACCAUCCAUAUGUUCAGUAUGUCGGUCUUGGUUUAGCAGGACUGGUCAACAUCGAAAACCAAGAUGGCGACCACACUGUCAGCCGGAAGUCAAAACUGCAACUCAUUCGGCUAUCUACCGCCGUAUGUGGCAUCGAACUAUGCUAUGCGGCAGAGACAGCGUUUGUGAGCCCUAUUUUAUUGAAAUUAGGGGUUCCAGUAGCCUUGAUGACCCUUGUCUGGUGUCUGAGCCCAGUGUUGGGUUUUUUUCUUGUACCCGUGCUGGGUUCCCUCAGUGACAGAUGCCCAAUAAAGAUGGGCCGUAGGCGCCCAUUUAUACUUAUAUUAUCAGCAGGUAUAGUGCUAGGGCUUCUACUGGUCCCUAACGGUGAGAGUAUAGGGAUAUUAUUGGGAGAUAAAGGUAACGAAACCUUACAUAACACAUACAGGUAUGUUUAUAAUCAAUCCUACCACGAGGCAUCAAAGAGAAGCUUUAUAGGCAAUAUUUCCUUACAAGACGUAACACCAAUACCGAUAGCGGAAGGGACAGACAUGGUAACUGGUACCACCGAACCAGAAACGUAUAGUAUAUCUAAAGACCAUUUUCGAGGAAUAAUACUAACAAUAGUCGGGGUCGCAAUGCUUGACUUCAACUGUGAUGCCUGCCAGUCACCAAGCCGGGCUUACCUACUGGACGUUACCCUACCCGAGGACCAUUCCUCUGGGCUAACCAUGUUUACGGUCAUGGCCGGGAUUGGUGGCAGCAUUGGCUACAUCAUGGGAGGGGUGGACUGGAACGCGACAGAGUUUGGUACAGCUUUUGGGGGCCAUAUACGCGUUGUGUUUUUUCUAGUCCUCAUUGUGUUCAUCAUAUGCGUCAUUUCAACCGCCACCAGCUUCAAGGAAACGGAACUAAAGGAUCUGGGCAUUUCUAAAGACAAAAUCCAGAAGAAGAAAAAGAAAGUCGGAAAAUCAAAAUAUCGUAAGUUCACCAAUGAGGAAGACGAUGAUGAGGAAGAAGAAAUUGGUUUCUCAAACGAACAGACUUAUGGCGCUCUGGGUAAACCAGGGUUGGAGAAGCUCCAUUCUGACCAUGACCUUCAUAAAGGUUACACAGCCGACUCCGAGGAUGACCUGCCCUCUGGAAACAACAUGGAGCAACACACGGAAGCCGACAGACACACCCUGACGCAAUCACAAGGCACCGUCACGUCAUCAAACGCCGACGACAAAGACCACCCGAUUGAGAUAUCCACCGACGUUACGCUAAAGACAUAUUUACGUUCCAUAGUGAAAAUGCCACGGUCGCUAUUCAUAUUGUGUUUAACGAAUCUCUUCUGUUGGAUGUCCCUCGUCUGUUACUCACUAUAUUUCACAGAUUUUGUGGGGCAGGUUGUCUACAAUGGCGAUCCUCAGGCCCCGACUGGGAGCGACGCUCACAACCGCUACGAUGAUGGAGUAAGACUCGGGUCCUUCGGGAUGUCCCUGUACUCCUUCUCAUGUGCUGUCUACUCGCUCUGCAUCGAAAAGCUCGUUCGCACAUUCAAAGCCAAAAGAGUGUACGUGUGCGGCCAGUUGACGUAUACUGUAGGAAUGGUGAUACUUUCCCUGGUGAGACACAAAGUGGCGGUUAUUGUCUUGUCCCCAACGGCCGGAAUAAUGUACGCCACCCUGUUCACAAUGCCAUACUUAUUGGUAGCAAACUAUCACACACGAGGGGAGUUCAACCGUCCCCAGGACGAACAGGUGCGUGGUCUCGGAACUGACGUAGCACUGAUAAGCAGCAUGGUAUUCCUAGCCCAGUUUCUUCUCUCAGUGUCCAUCGGCAGUAUCAUCCACGCCGUCGGCAGCACCACCGCUGUCAUUGUCGCCGCCGCCAUAUUGAGCUUCUGUGGAGCAAUCACAGCCACUCAGGUCACCUACUUUGACGUGUAACCUCUGACCUCGUCACCCCUGACCUCGUUACAUCGACGUUGCCCUGACGCAGUCAUGAAGUCCUUUGUACUGAGGAAGGUUCAAGGAUGAAGAGGUCGCAGUUGUGGAAUGGUUGCCAAACUGCCAGUAAUGCCAUCAGACGUUACGUUUAGGUGAAGGUCGACCGAGCAAGGUCAGAGGUUAUCGCCAUGGUACAUAUGGCAAUAAGCUGAUAUUUAAUAAAGAAUCAAAGUGUUGAUUCAAGGACAAAAAUGGCGUCAAGAAUUUAGAAGAAAUCAACCGGACGGUACCGAAAAUGGUAUAACCAAGCAAUGUGGAAAGACAAUCUUUGAUCGCAAACACCGUGUACUUGCAUGUAAUAUCGUGUUCGGAUAAAGAUGACUAUGAUCCUGAAUUAUAACGCUGUAUGUCUGUAAGCUAGAUAAAUAUAUGUUACAGCCAUGGGGAGAAUGAGAUGUCAUUGUGUAUGUAUAUUCUGUGUAAGUCCAUGUUAGGUAGCUCUCUUAAAGUAGCAACAUGUCUAACCGAACGACCGUAUUUCUAAAAUUCGUUUCAGUAAUUAACUGGGAAAAACAUCAACACAUUCGUAGAAACAACCUUUAACUAAGCUGUGUCGACCUUAAAGCCCUUGGUUAAUUAUUCAUACAUCCAUAUCAGACACAUUGUGACGUCACCACAAAAUAGCUUUCCGUUAUUCCCCGUCCUCAGAGCAAUAAACGCAGGUUCCAUAGCUAGGCUUCAAUGUCUUUCACAUGAUAAUUAUAACGAAAUAAAUUUUCUCGGGUAAUAUCAGCCUACACGAUGAUAUAUAGCCAAGUAACGUUACUGUCAAGCGUUACUACAUAACUGGUUGAAUAUUCGAAGGACAAGGUAAUUUAAUGACCGGUAUAAACAUGUAAGGAAGGGAUUUUACAGCUGCUUCGGGGAGCGACAUGCCAUUGCCCGUCUGAGGAUCUGCAAUACACAUACGGCGAAGCGACAUGGUGAUGUGAUACCAAAAGCUUUAUGGUGUUCUGUUAGCAUCUAGGCAAUAUGUGUGUACAUGUAUCUGAAAGAAUGUUUAAAAUUGUAACAUUUAGAGGAAUAAACAUAUGUUUAGCUUA